AACCUUCAAUUCAAAAGUUUGUGACUUUUCAGCCGGUUUCACCAUCCUGUGUGCUUUUGAGUUAAAUCUCUCAAUAUCUAUUGGACAGAUUACAUUUACAGACAUUCAUCGUAGUUAUUGUUGAUCACUUAAAUCUUCAUCUGACUCUGUCAUCUGAUCAAUCUUUUAAUUUGUCCAACAUUUACAAUCAGCUGUAUUUUAUGUAAUUGGCUGUUUUCAAUAUUUAUCUACAACCACCUGUUCGGUGACAGCAGAACGACACAGUUGGAAAAAGGGUGAUGAGAUUUGUGAAGCGAUCUUUUCCCUCAGAUGUCGGUAAAGACCAGAAACAUCUAAAAGUAUAACCUCUUUUCCUGAUUCCCUGCAUAUUGAAAGUUGAAUAAUUGUUUUGAGCUGUGUCCGGUAAAAUAAAAUAAAUCAGGGAUCAAUCAACAGCAGGGAAACAGAGGUGUCUACCAACAUUUUAAAUAGAAUCUAUCAUCCCUCCUUCCCUCCCUCCAUCUGCCUUCACCCUCGUCAGUCUGCAGCCUGAAACAGCUCCGUCACUGUCUGCAGGUAUAAAGGGCGUCUGGCAGCAGGAGGAACAGAGCAGCUCUGUGUUGACGGAGACACACUUCACUCGUCUCAGGACACUGCACAGGAAUUACACGUCUGUCUGGAGCCUGGCUGACACACGCUUAACUUCCAAAAAAGAGCUUUUAACAUCUGGAGGCAACAUGAGAGAGUGCAUCUCCAUCCACGUGGGCCAGGCUGGUGUUCAGACAGGAAACGCCUGCUGGGAGCUCUUCUGCCUGGAGCACGGCAUCGGCCCCGAUGGCGUCUCCCUGGAGGAACCUGCAGAACCCAACUCCCGAGAAGACUGCUUCAACACUUUCUUCAACCCUGGCAGUUUCGGGCGUCAUGUUCCACGAGCCAUCUUUGUGGACCUGGAGCCCACGGUGGUCGAUGAAGUGCGCGUUGGAAAGUACAAAGAUCUGUUCCACCCUGACCAGCUGAUCUCAGGAAAGGAGGACGCAGCCAACAACUACGCUCGUGGUCAUUACACUGUCGGGAAAGAAAUCAUUGAUGACGUCAUGCAGCGCAUUCGGAAAAUGACGGACCAGUGCUCCGGCCUGCAGGGCUUCCUCGUCUUCCACAGCUUCGGAGGCGGCACCGGCUCUGGCUUCACCUCUCUGCUGAUGGAGCGUCUGUCUGUCGAAUACGGCAAGAAAUCCAAGCUGGAGUUUGCCGUCUACCCAGCUCCCCAUAUUUCGACAGCUGUGGUGGAGCCCUACAACGCCAUCCUGACCACCCACACCACCCUGGAGCACUCGGACUGCGCCUUCAUGGUGGACAACGAGGCCAUCUACGACAUAUGUCGCCGCAACAUGGAGAUCGAGAGUCCUGGUUACACCAACCUCAACAGAUUGAUCGGUCAGAUCGUUUCCUCCAUCACCGCCUCGCUCCGGUUCGACGGCGCCCUCAAUGUCGACCUCAUGGAGUUCCAGACCAACCUGGUGCCAUUUCCACGAAUCCACUUCCCCCUGGUGACUUACUCGCCCAUCAUCUCUGCUGAGAAGGCGAACCACGAGCAGCUGACCGUGGCCGAGAUCACCAGUGCCUGCUUCGAGCCGACCAAUCAGAUGGUCAAGUGUGAUCCUCGUAAUGGCAAGUACAUGGCCUGCUGCCUGCUGUACCGAGGAGACGUCGUCCCCAAGGAUGUAAACACCGCCAUCGCCAGUAUAAAAACCAGACGAUCGGUUCAGUUCGUCAACUGGUGCCCCACUGGUUUCAAGGUCGGCAUCAACUACCAGCCUCCGACUGCAGUUCCUGGUGGAGACCUGGCCAAAGUCCAGAGGGCCGUGUGCAUGCUGAGCAACACCACCGCCAUCGCGGCGGCCUGGUCUCGACUCGACCACAAGUUCGAUCUCAUGUACGCCAAGCGUGCGUUCGUGCACUGGUAUGUGGGCGAGGGGAUGGAGGAGGGGGAGUUCUCUGAGGCCCGGGAGGACCUGGCCUGUCUGGAGAAGGACUACAUGGAGCUGGGUGAAGACAAUGACCCUGAUUCUGACAACGACGACAUGGACCAUGAAUACUGAGCCGCGUUGUCGUUAUUAUAUCUCCUGAAUCUUCUGAGCUCAUUGUUGGUGUUUCUCUCUGCCCUGUUUUUAUAAUGUCAGCUUUAGAAGAAGACUGUGAAGAUGUGAAACUUGUUAGAGACUCGAUGGUCUAGUGGUCUGCGAAGCUUUCACAUCAACCACAAUGUGUACAUUACACAUAGAGCUGUGUCCUCUCUCUCGCUCUUCACAUUUCCUGUCUGCCUCUCUGCUGUACGAUUCUGAAUAAAGACAAACGUGUUCAAGUACCUUCCGACGAGUGGAAACACAAACCGACAAAGUUAGACUUUUAAUAAAAUAAUGAGGUGAAAUCUUCAAAAA